UUCUAAAUGAGUAAUUACUGGGUGUGUCAGUGUGUCUUAGGUUUGCAGGUAGGUUGGGUGAAGGAGCUCAUUUAUUCACUGGCUAUAGGGAGCCCUGCACCCUGACACCCUUACCUCCUUAGACACACUGCACCAGUUGCAAGAGGGCUUCCCAGGGGAGCCGCUGAAGAACCCAGUCACGUAAGGAGGGGGACCGACCACGAACAGCUACCAAGAUGUGUGACAUAGGGGGACUCGAUAACCUGGUGGCCAACACGGCCUACCUCAAAGCCCAGGGCGGUGAUGACAAGGAGAUGAAAAAGCGCCGUCGCAGCUUGUCUCUGCCCAAGCAGGAGCAAUGCGGUGCAGCGCGAGCCUCCCUGGACAAGGACUUUACAGCAAUCUGUGAAAGGCAGCCUAUUGGCAAAAAAUUUUUCCGUGAAUUCCUGGUGAGUAAUGCCCUGUAUAAGCUCGCUGCCGAUUUCUUGGAUGAGCUUUACGAUUGGGAUCUCGAGGAAGGUGCAGCAAAAGACAAGUUGCGUCAGAACAUCAUCAACAAGUAUUGCAAGGCUGACUCCAAGAACUUCUUGUCCUUUCUCACUGGGGAGCCCGCUGACAAAUGCAAGUCUGUGACAGAUGCCAACUUCAGUGAGGUGAUGAAAGGCACAGUCCAAGAAGGCGUAAGAGAAUAUCUGAAAAACAAACCCUUCACAGAUUACCAGGCCAGUCCGUUCUUUGAUAAAUUUCUCCAGUGGAAAGAGUAUGAGAAGCAGCCCAUCAGCGACAAGUACUUCUAUGAGUUCAGAACCCUGGGAAAAGGUGGCUUUGGAGAGGUGUGUGCCGUACAGGUGAAAAACACAGGCCAGAUGUACGCCUGUAAGAAAUUGUGUAAAAAGCGACUGAAGAAGAAAGGCGGCGAGAAGAUGGCCCUUUUGGAGAAAAAGAUCUUAGAGAAGGUCAACAGUCUGUUUCUGGUGAACUUGGCCUACGCUUAUGACACCAAGACCCACCUGUGCCUUGUCAUGACCCUGAUGAAUGGCGGAGACCUCAAGUACCACAUCUACAACAUGGGCUAUGAUGGCAAGGGCGUGGACAAGGGCAUUGAGAUGAAGCGCAUCAUCCACUACACAGCCCAAAUCACCACUGGUAUUCUGCACCUGCAUGAGAUGAAUAUCAUUUAUCGUGACAUGAAACCUGAGAACGUGCUGCUGGACAGCCAAGGCCAGUGUCGACUUUCAGAUUUGGGUCUGGCCAUAGAGCUUGCCCCAGACAAGACCGUCACCCAGAUGGCUGGCACUGGAGCAUACAUGGCUCCAGAGCUCCUGAACAAAACUCCAUACAGGACAUCGGUGGACUGGUGGGCGCUGGGCUGCAGCAUCUAUGAGAUGGUGGCCGGCUACACGCCUUUCAAAGGCCCCGAUAGCAAGAAGGAGAAGGUGGAGAAGGAGGAGGUGCAGCGUCGUAUUAUCAACGAGGAGCCCAAGUGGGAGCACAGGUUUUUUGAUGCCAACACUAAAGACAUCAUCCAGCUGUUCCUCAAAAAGAAAAUCGAGGAGCGUCUGGGCAUGAAGAAUAACUUGGAGGAUCCCAGAAAACACCCAUGGUUCAGCAGCGUCAACUUCCCGCGUCUAGAGGCUGGGCUGGUGCCGCCUCCAUGGGUGCCCAAGCCCAAUGUUGUCUACGCCAAGGACACAGGCGACAUUGCAGAGUUCUCCGAAAUCAAAGGCAUCGAAUUUGAUGCCAAGGACGACAAAUUCUUCAAGGAGUUUGGCACCGGUGCUGUACCGAUUCCUUGGCAGCAGGAGAUGAUCGAAACAGGACUGUUCGACGAGCUCAACGAUCCCAACAGGAAAGAAGGAGGCGGUGACGUGGAUGCCGACGCGAAAUCUGGCACGUGUAUAGUGCUGUGAGAGGACUUCUCAUGUAACUUUUUGUCAACCGCAUGCACACUUUACAACGUUCUAAAAGAUGGUGGACACUUCAAGUACGAUGCGACAUAUGCUGUAAGGGUGAGCUCCUCUGGUCCUGAGGUGAAGGAAGAAGGGUCAAAUGUUGCUUGUGCUGCACCAAUUUUAUUACCAAUAUCUUAUAUUGUGUCAACUUGCAUGCAUGUUGACCAGGAAUGUCCGCUCUGCGUCUUUACAUCGUCAGCACUGUAGGGUUAGUCAAAGGCUUUUGUGCCACAAUUACUAAAUUAUAGUUUGUGAAAGAAGUGGAAGGUGCAUUGACUAGGGCUAAGACGUGGAUCAAUUCUCUAGCAGAUUUUAUGAUGCCAUCAUAAGGUAACAAACCAUGAAAAGUGCUUUUUCACUACAUGUGGCAGGUAGUUGUAUCGUUUAUCCUAAACCUCAUUGUCGGACAGCAGGCUUACAACUUUCAUUUAACAAGUGUAAAUAUUGUACAUAAAGAAAUAACAGUACAUCUAUAUAUGUAGAGUUUAAAACCGAGGGUUUAGUUGCAGAAGACCUCUUCGUUGAGUCCAUCUAAUGUUGGUGCUAUGAGGCAUAUCAACUAAUAGUGAUGUAUGGACUCCUACUUCCCUAAGGAUGAGAGUGUGUAUAAAGUGGCUGAGUGAUGAAUUCCUGUAAUCGGAAUUUUCUGUUUCUCCUGCCCACACCUUCCAAGCAGUAUGCGAAUAACCAAAACAAGAUACGGAGGAGACAUCUGCACGCUGUGCUAUUCAUUGAGAAUUUAGUAUUUAAUGGUACAAAAAGAAUGAGGUAGUAGACAAUGUACCUAACUGGUACAAUUGGGAAGUGGCUUUGCACCUAAAUUCUAAAUUACUAAAUUCCUCCGAGAACAAGCUGUUGUGUUUUAGGGGAGUAGAAUUGUAUCGAUACUAUUUUUUUCUCUGGUUAAUUAUUUGCUAAAGUUUUGGACAUUCCCAGAUCUUUAGUGAGAGUUUUUACAGUUACUGUUAAACAGAUGAUUUAACAUACCUUGUAAAUAUAACACCAGAUAAGCUUUAACGUGCUACAUAGAAGUAUCAGAUGUAAGGCUGGGAUUUCAUUGAAUCCUUUGAAUAAAGGGAAAUAUAUCUGUCUUUUAAAA